CUGUUUUGAAUUCAAACAAUUUUUAAUAUUUGACUUGCUAAUCAAUUGCGUAUUUCUUAUUGUUUAUGAAGCUUUCCUUUUUGUGACAUUAAUUUGUGUAUAUAUUGUAUUUUUAUGUAUUGCAGUCAAAAUGAUAACGCUCCGAUCAAUAAACUUGACAAACAAAAGGAAUUAGAUGCAUUUUAUCAUCUCUUUGGCCCAAAGUUGUAGUUUUGGUUUUAUCUUGUGGCGAGAAACACCAAAAUCACACCAUAUAAUUUGACUUUUUUGCCCAACAACUUAACAUCUAACACCAAAAGAUUGUCUAAAAAGCUUAAAUUCCGUUCAUUUUGAAUAUUCAAAAGUAAAAUAUUAGUUCAAACCCGAGAAUCAGGAAAAAUAUAAUUUUUGUGCAAUUUUUAUGGUAAAGGGAAAAACGUUUACCCAAUGAAACGUACGUAUAUAUUGCGUUCGCAUUUUCCGGUAUUUUCGAGAUAUCCGCUUUUGAAACUGGGAAAAACUCGGCAUUUUAAAAUUAUCUUCGGCUUCUUCUUGUCACAAAUGACAAAAAAAUACAAAAACAAUCUACUAUAUUAGAUUAUUUGUCUUUUAAACCUGAUGAGAUGAACUGGUUUAGAGUGCCAACCCACACCCCUUCCACCCAAAACUGACACUUUUGUUACGCUUUGUUUCAGAAAAGAUCAAAUUAUGCUCUUAAAAGUCACUCUCGUCUCAUCCCCAAACAGCCUUGGCCCAAAUCUCGUUUACUGAAACAUGGAGCAGUGAAAAAUGGAACAAACUUGGUUUAAACUUGGUUUUUAUAGCCUAAAAUUUCUUGAUUGUUCCUUCCCCUGACGAUUGGAAGUAAAAAAUAAUCAAUCGAUUGAAAUCCACAGCCCGAUAGGUUUGAAAAUGUCCCUAAAUGUUGCAAUAAUUUUUUAUCCUGUUUGUGUUUUUGUCUGGUUGUGUGUACUUGUUGCAUGCCACGCUAAUACGCACAUCCAGCGACAUGUUAAUUGAGCCAAAGCGAGAUAUGAUCUCUCCAAAAUGCGGUCACGGGCAGCACCCCCAUGACAGACACUGCUGUUUUGUCCAAAAAUUGUGUUAUGUUGCCGUUGUUGUCAUGGAUUUUCCUGGGCGCGAGCGUGCUUUUUACUCUUCUCUGCGCGCUAUCACGUAACAGAUUUUAAACAAAAUAUAUGCUAGGCUCAGUUUUGAAUUAGCUCGUGAUCAGAGAGAGUGUAAAUAUGGUCAAAUCAAGGGAACGACCCGAGAUUCCUGGCUAUGAAAAAGUGCGCACGGUUGGAAAAGGCGCUUUUGGGCUGGCCGUUGUGUAUCGGAGGAAAAUGGAUAGCCGGCUAGUCGUGAUUAAGGAAGUCUUUGUCGCCGACAUCGACCCAGCAGAACGGCAACAGGCCCUCAACGAAGUGCAGGUACUCGCCAGUCUCAACCAUCCCAACAUCAUAAGGUACAUCCGGAGUUUCGAAUGGGACGACUCGUUGAUGAUCGAAAUGGAAUACGCCGACGGCGGCAGUCUGUCGCGCCUCUUGGCUAAAAGAACGGCGCCGCUCUCUGAACGAGCAGCCCUGCACAUAUUCGGCCAGAUUUGCGCCGCGCUGGACCACAUGCACGCCAGGGGAGUGAUGCACAGGGACCUGAAAACAGCCAAUGUUUUUCUGACAAAGAGGCUGGCAGUCAAAGUGGGCGAUUUCGGCAUUGCAAAAGUCUUGAGCACCAGGGCACAGGCCAAUACCCUGCUUGGCACGCCGUUUUACAUGAGCCCGGAAAUGUGCGAAGGAAGACAGUACGGGCCGAAAACAGACAUUUGGGGCGCCGGCUGCAUCAUGUACGAAAUGAUGUGCUUGAAAAAGCCGUUCAUGAGCGACACUAUUCCGAGUCUAGUGUCCAAAAUUGUGUCGUGCGAAUGCAGCCCGCUGAGCUCGGAGUACUCGUUCAGGACGCGCCAACUGGUCUCCUGCAUUCUGCAACGCGACCCCGACCUGCGGCCCUCGGCAGAGCAGCUCUGCGACGAAAUUUUGCCCGAAAUGAUGUUGAGCGCGGAGGAGAAGGAGGCUGCCGACCCCAGCGUCUCUUCCAGGCCCCGUUCUGUCGUCUACAAAUGCAGCCUCACGUUCGACUCGAUGAUGGCGAUCGCACUUCCGCCAAAGGUGCAGCUCGAGGAGAUCGCCGUCAGCGACAACCACUGUCUUGCUCUGACGAAAGAUGGAGACGUUUACGCAUGGGGUCAGGGGAAAUCCGGGCAGCUGGGCCAGGGCAAGAACGAGGGCAGCAAUGAACCAAUCUUCGUGGAGGCCCUGAAAGACCGACGGAUCAUAACUUUAGCGGCAGGCUUCGGUUUCAGCGUGUUCGUCAGCGACAAUGGGGUGGUUUUGACGUGCGGCGACGGCAGCAACGGGUGUCUCGGGCAAGGCGACUACAAUUCCUCAUCUACGCCUCAAAUUGUUGGUAUGCGGAAGGUUUAUUUUUCUCAAAAGCGUUUCCUUAUCAUCCUGUUGAUGGAAGAUGAUUUGUUCAGCGUGGAAGUGGUCGCGGUCGCCUGCGGAAAUGAUCACGUUGUUGCACUCUCGAGGGAAGGAUAUGUUUACAGCUGGGGGAAUACGGGGUUAAAAACCCACGUCAAAGAGUGCCGGCCGAUCGAGCUGUGCAAUUUGAAAAUGGAGAUCGUGAGCAUUCGAGCGGGCCCCGGUUGCAGCGCCGCGAUCGGAAGCGACGGCUCCCUUUGGGUGUGGGGCUGCAACGAUUACAACCGCCUCGGCUUGGACAAAAGGGGCCUCCUGUGCAUGCGGAGGGCGGUCGGCGACGUGGAAACUCCGACAAGAGUGAGGAGGAAUCGGACGCAGGACAUUGUUUUCGGCGAAAAGCAGACGUUGGUGGUUACCACGGCAGGAGAAGUCAUUCACUUGAAUGGCCAGAAUGCUGGACUCGUUAUCCCAUUUCACGGGCCGAUUCAGUUCGCAGGAGUGACAGAGGAAGGUGCAGUGGCCGCGACGCACGACCAGGUCGUCUACUACUGGGGGCCCAAAGCAAAGCACUCGCCCGUUCUAGGAAUGGUGAGGAACAACAAGGUCUCGUCAACCGUCCCACAAGAAGUCCUCUCCUUUUCUGGCCCGUCUGUGGUUUUGGCCGACUUGGUUUGCUGCGGCAACCGAGCGUGGAUUUUGGUCAACACAAUAGCCCCGCUGCCACCUGCCGACAAGCCACUCGACCUGUCCGACACAAGGGUACCGGAAUGGCUUAAAGAGGAAAUCAAGACGUGAACCAGUCGACGCGCUGCUUUUUAAUCUGCUCAAACCGGACUCUUUCAGCCUUUCAGCAUUUCUCGUGUGAUGUGCAUAUCGGUUUAUCUGCUGAAAUCCGCAAGAUGUGGCAUCAUUUAAAUUUUUUAGAGUGGUGUUUUCAGUAAAUUAUCGCGAGUAAGCUUCCAGAGAGUGUUGUUUAGUACAAACUAUGCUAAGAUAAUCCAUUUGUAUGACAAUAAACUAGGCAAAAAGAAAACAA